UACGGACAGUCAGAACAUACUCCCCUCACCCUUCUAACCAUUUGUGUUUCUCUAAACCAGCGGCAAUUUUGUAUAAUUGUCAAUUAAACAUCUGUCACUUUUGUUCGUUAUUCAUUGUCAUUUCAUUGCUCUUUAAAUCGUCUAGUUGAGUAUUUGCGUGGAUUAAUUUCCGCCUAUUUCUUUUCCGUUUUAAAUAGCAAUUGCAUAUUGCUUGUAUUUCGUAUCUUUAGAUAUAUAUUACAAGUAUUUACUAUGGAUUAUAUAUUAUUCUUUACCUUAUAUACUUUUACCAUUAAUCGUAAUUCCCCGAUUCCUUUGCCAGAUGUUCGUCUGAUACGUAGUAUCGUCUAUUUAGUUUGUGGAUGGAACCGUGUAAUGAACACUUGUGCUUAACGUAAUGAUUGUGAUAUAUAAAAUUGUAAUAGAGUUAGAGACUGAAUCACAUAAUUUAAUGUACUAAUCAUGUAUAAUUGUUAUCUAGUUAAUCAAUUAGUACUUUAAAGACUCUUGUCUCUUUUGUACCUAAUACUUACAAUAAAAAUUUCGCUGUGAUAUCGAAAUGAAAUUUUAAUUUUAGAAUAAAUUUAGAGAACGGCGCCUUAGAAUCGACCCCUGGGUCUAAAGAAUAUAAAGCAGUUGAUAACAUAUGAUUACAUGCUCUGUGCUUACAGUGACAAAUUGUCAAGUGUCAAUCGUUUUUUAUUUAAAAAUUUUGAAGUUCGAUUUACCGACUGCUGCCUUAACCGUUACUUUCCAUUAUUAUUUAUCGUUUCUUUUAAAAUAACUUUUUAUCUUGAGUGAUUAUUUCUAAUAUAAUAAACAUGGAUCUGACCUGUAUCGAAGAACGACUAAGUGAUGAUGAUGAAAUAUUUAUUGGACAAUUGUCUCUUAAAGAAAUAAAAAAGCGUCUUAAGUGGAAUAACUAUUGUGAACAAUCCGAAUAUUCAACUCAAUCAAUGAGGAAUGAAAACGAGGAAAGUUUAAAGAUUAUAGAAAUACAUUCAGAACCAAAUUUGACUCAUAGAAAUGAUCAUUCAGUAAUUUCAGCUUCUUGUAUUAAGUCCAAAUCACAAUCCAGUUUAUCACCUGAUACAGUGUGGAGCAACAAAAAUGAAGAUGACACUUUUAUUUUAGCUGAAAAAUUGGUAUCAAAUCUAUGUUUGUCCCCAAAAAAUGAUAAGACUGUGCAAUUAAACAAUACCUUGGAAGUUGUAGACUAUAUUUUAAAAAAUGGGCCAUCAUGUAUGUCUAAAAAUAAUGAAGAACUAUUAGAAGGUAAUCAAUUGAAAGAUAGAUUAGCAUCUAAAAUAACCAUUGUGACCCCAAAAAAGGAUCAAAUUUUACUAGAUUCUACUGACAAAGAAGAAUGUGUAGAGACUAUUGUUACUGGAUCGCAUAUUACACCAAAAAAGGUGGAGUCAAAAUCUGAUAAUAAGACUGAAUUACACAUCACUACAUUUUCUGGACAGAAAAUAAAAACACCUGGUAUUUUUAAAACACCAGUAUCAAGAAAUCCUGUGUCUCAUAAAAAAGCAUUGCUUAGUUCAGUAAAGAAAAUACCAUCUAGAACUAAAAGUUUUGAUCACAUUGCUAGUCCAGUAGCAUCAUAUAUUAAAAACUGUCCAGUAGUGCCUAUACUUACAGAAGUUCAUCCAACAAAACCUUUGCCUGGUCCAUCAUCUAUACCUAAGUUAGUAAAAGGAAAGGUUCCAAAUAAACCUUGUAAUAAAGAAAAUGUCAAUGCUAAUUUACCAUCUAUUGCUUAUAAAAAUGCCAAGCAAACUAAAGUGAUGGCUGCACCUAAUGCAGAUAAGCUACCACAGUGUCAGUGGAUUAAGAAGAUAACGUCAUCUUUACCAAAACCUUCAGUUAUAAAACAUGACCAUAGAGAAAUUAACCCUGCCAAGAGAUUGUUGUUAUUAAGACAAGAAGACAGUUUUGGUGAUCUCUCUUUAAAACAAGCAGAUGUGUCUGUUUGCACACAAAAGUCUGCAUUUAAUAGACAUAAAUAACGACGUUAAUUGUUUUUAAAUAGGUAUUUGAAAAAAUAUAAUAACCUAAACCUUACAAUUGACACUAAUAAACUGUGUUUAAACAAAAAAAGUCUUCAUCUAUUUUUUUAACUAUAUACAUAAAACUCCCGACAACAGUAUUCUAGACUACGGUAGGGUGACCGUGUUCUCUCUUUUGAUACAUGUUAUAAUCAAUAGAUACCCGAUAAAACUCACGCUAAUAGUAUUCAAAUGCAAUAUCUGUAGUUAGAUGCAUUUACCAAUUACAGUUGUGGCAAAUAUAACAUCGAUAGU